AGAUGGACCCACAGCUGAAGCUUCUGCUGCUCAAGUUCUUUUCUCUGAUCUGGAACAUCUUCUUCCUGGCCCUCGGGCUGAGCAUUGGUGGCGCCGGACUCUGGAUCCUCUAUGACUCUGGAAGCUUCAUCGGCGUGGCCGCCUCAGAUCAGGUGCUGCUGGCUGCCCUGUGUCUCGCGCUGAUCGGCGCCAUGGUGAUAGUGGUCAGUGUUGUGGGAUGUUUGGGGGUGGCCAGGGAGAACCGAGUCUUGCUGCUGACGAACCAGAUUCUCCUGCUGAUCCUGGUCCUCGGGCAGAUUUACGUCACACUGCUACUGCUACUCAACAAACUGCAGAUCCAGGAGAAUCUAAACCAAGCCGUUGAUGACAUCAUCAUCAAGUAUGGCACUGGUGGAGACCACAUGGACUCGCUGCUGGACAAAGUUCAAAGAGAGGAGAGCUGCUGUGGCAGAAGCGGCCAUUCUGAUUGGCUGAACAACGACUUCAUCCGGACUCUGAACCUGAGUGGCCCGGAUGUGCUGCCGUGUUCCUGCUUCCGCUCCCACGAUCUCGAGCCAAUGGCUCGCUGGUGCUCGAAGUUGCAGAACUUGACCAAUCCACAGAUCGCAGCAGGGAAUGCCAGCAACAGCCAGGGCUGCGACGUGCAGCUGCGCGACUGGCUGCAGGCCAACAUCGUCACUAUUGUUGGGAUGGACUUCGGACUCCUCCUGACUGAGGUGAUCUACUUGCUCCUCAGCUGGUUCCUUUACCGGGCGGUCAGACGAAAGACUGCGCCCAUAAAAACCGAGCCAGGAGCAGAUGAUGACCUACCGACCGAACACAGCGACAUCGAUGACAACAGUUUCCAUGACGACCAGCCACUUGUGGACCAGUAG